AUGGAGGAUUUGCAUCGCGAACAUGAUAGAAACAGAGAAGUGGGAGUAUUGGAGAAGGAACAUAGCAUUAGUGAGGUCAAGGCAGGUUUCCGAAAGAAGAGGGGGUGCGUAGACCACGUAUUCACGGUAGGGAGAAUCAUCCAAGGUAGAAAGAGGGCGGGAAAGCCGACGUACUGCUUCUUCCUGGACGUGAAAAAGGCAUACGACACCGUAUGGAGAAAUGGGUUGUGGAAACAACUGUCCAAAUACGGGAUCGAGGGGAAAGUCGCGGUCAUGCUAGACGGAGAACGGUCUAAAUUCUUCGACAUUGAGCAGGGGGUCCCACAAGGUUGCACGCUGUCCCCAACAUUGUUCCAGGUGUUCAUCAGCGAUCUUUUGGAAGUCGCAGAGGCAGUCAGGAAGGGAGUAAAAGUAGGGGACACGGAAACGUCGGUUUCAGGAAUGCUGUUUGCGGAUGAUUUUUUCGGUAUGUCGGACACCCCUGAGGGACUGCAACUGCAAAUUGACGCGGCGAAGAAGUUUACUGAUAAGUGGAUACUGUCUGCCAACGUUCAGAAGAGUGCCGUCAUGGUAUGCAACGAGAACCAGAAGGAACUAGUAGAAGAUAGAGGGAAGUGGGGGAUCGGGAUUGCAAGCGCCGUCAUGGUAUGCAACGAGAACAAGGAGGGACCAGUUGAAAAUAGAUGGAAGUGGGGGAUCGAGGAGAUUGCAGAAGUGGACCAGUGCACAUACCUCGGAGUAGAGAUCGCAAAAGACUGCUCGUGGAAUGCACACAUGUCCAAGGUGGCGGAAAAGNGCAAGAAGAAGGAGAAGAAGACAUUUGCACCGCCGGCCGCUACCAGCGAGAAGAAGAAGGAAAAGAAGAAGACCGCGGAGGAGGAGCUAUAUGUUGCUUGUGCCCAGAGAGAACAGAAUCUAAGGAAAGAAUCCAAGGAUGAGGAGGGUCUAGAAGUGUACGGCAUGUUGAAGGAAGGAAUAGAGUUCAAGGACUACCUACAUGGACCAAUGGAUGCAGGAACAAAGCUUAAGGUCAAAUUCAGGACCGGGGACAUAGGCCUUCGAGAACGUCGACGAAGACAUAGGACGGUAGACGAGGAAGACGACGAGUUCAAAUGUGAUUGCGGCUUCGAAUGCGAAGACCGUGUUCAUGUAGUCGCGGAAUGUCCGUUGUACAAGAAGGAGAGGGAAGUGUA